GACUCCCCAAAAAGCCCCCCGGAGAGCCCCCCAGCUCCCAUUCGUGCCUUUCUCACCAUUUGUUAUUGUCCCAACGUGUCAGUGUGAUGUGACGGGACGGACGGGACGGGAGCGGAGCGCAGCGCAGCGCAGAGCAGAGCAGAGCAGCGCGGGGACGCGCAAAGCGCACCACCGUGUGUUUUUGUCCGCGGGUUUCCGCGUCCACGAUAAACUUUAUUGUCACCCACUUCCCCGUUUCGCCUUGCGAGCCGUCGCCAGUGUGACAGUGUAGCGCCGUCGCUUUUGUUCCCGAGCGACCCGACGCGUCUCGUCCGCAAACGCGACAGCUGUGAUCUCUCGCGCUCUCUCUGUUUUUCUUUUUCUUUUUUUUUGGCCAAUUCAUAUAUUUUCAUGACUUUCGCGGUGCUGUCAGCACCAGACAACAACAAGAGCGCGAGAAAUGUCCGCAGCGGACUCACAGGAGGAUUUUUAAACGCGUUUCCACGGGAGACGGACGUGUUCGGGGCCUCGUCGUGCCGCCGCGUGUGCAGUUUUUAUUCCCCCCGUAUUUUCCAGAGUGCGGAAUUUGGAUGGAAGCUCGCGGUCACGGGACUGCCGUGGGUCCAGUGCCUGCUGCUGCCAUCAUCAUCAUCCUCCUCCUCCUCCUCAUCAUCAUCAUCAUCAUCAUCCCUGAAAUGAAUAGGCGAGAAGGGAGCGUGUUCCGCAUUUACUUCUUCCAACUUUUAAAAUGUUCUCAAACGGCGACGAGGCGGUUAUCAACAGGAAGCUGCCCAAGGAGCUGCUGCUCAGAAUCUUCUCCUUCCUUGAUGUGGUCACCCUCUGCCGCUGUGCCCAGGUCUCACGGGCCUGGAACAUUCUUGCUCUCGAUGGCAGUAACUGGCAGCAGAUUGACUUGUUUGACUUUCAACGAGACAUUGAGGGUCGGGUGGUGGAGAACAUUUCGAAGCGCUCUGGAGGCUUCCUGCGAAAACUGAGUCUGAGGGGCUGCCUGGGUGUGGGGGACAGCGCGUUAAGGACCUUUGCCCAGAACUGCAGGAACAUUGAGGUUCUCAGUCUCAAUGGCUGCACGAAGAUCACUGACGCCACGUGCACCAGUCUCAGUAAGUUCUGCCCCAAGCUGAAGCAUCUAGACCUGGCCUCCUGCACGUCCAUCACCAACCUGUCCCUCAAAGCCCUCAGCGAGGGGUGCCCUCUGUUGGAGCAGCUCAACAUCUCCUGGUGCGACCAGGUGUCCAAAGACGGCAUCCAGGCCCUGGUGCGUGGUUGCCCGGGUCUCCACGGGCUCUUCCUCAAAGGCUGUACACAGCUGGAGGACGAGGCACUGAAGCAUGUUGGGACACACUGUCCGGAGCUGGUCACCCUCAACCUGCAGACGUGCUCGCAGGUCACCGACGAGGGCCUGAUCACAGUGUGCCGAGGUUGCCAUCGCCUGCAGUCGUUCUGCGUGUCCGGCUGCACCAACAUCACCGAUGCCAUGCUCAACGCCUUAGGGCAGAACUGUCCUCACCUCCGAAUACUGGAGGUGGCCCGCUGCUCUCAGCUGACGGACGUGGGCUUCACUGCGCUGGCACGAAACUGCCAUGAACUGGAGAAGAUGGACCUAGAGGAGUGCGUUCAGAUCACGGACAGCACGUUGAUACAGCUGUCGGUCCACUGCCCCCGGCUGCAGGUUCUGAGCCUUUCCCACUGCGAGCUCAUCACAGACGACGGCAUCCGCCACUUGGGCAGCGGCCCCUGCGCUCAUGACCGCCUGGAGGUGCUGGAGCUGGACAACUGCCCGCUGGUCACAGACGCUUCGCUGGAACACCUGAAGAGCUGCCACAGUCUGGACCGCAUCGAGCUCUACGACUGCCAGCAGAUCACCCGCGCAGGCAUCAAGAGGCUCAGGACUCACCUACCCAACAUCAAAGUGCACGCCUACUUUGCUCCGGUCACUCCCCCCCCCUCGGUCGGGGGGAGUCGUCAGAGGUUCUGUCGCUGCUGUAUCCUGCUAUGAUGUCAGUGCCCCUCGACUCUCCCCCCCAAAAUGAGUCUGAGUAUCGGGGGUGGGGGGGGGGGGGGGGGGGGGGUUGGCACAUUAUGCCCCUCCCCCAGUUUCCAUGGACACAUGGCACAUUCCCCACUGACUGGCUGUGAUGUUUGAACCUGGACCUGAAAAAAGUCAUCGAGGACCAGUCCUGCUCCCCCUAGUGGCUGAAAGCAGUCAUUAACCUGCCCCCUGCAACACUGUCAUCUACCAGGACAGAGUCCCGAGAACAAAAUUGUGCGUGCUCUCAUCUAUGCUGCUCACAAGCCACAAACAUCUGUCCCUUACAAAGCUUUUCAGUUGUGUUUGCGAUAUGGUAACUCAACGAAAAUUUUUCCUGCAAGUAUACGGUUGGUCCUCAGUGCUACUUGACUCUGAAGGGCACUCGCCAACUUCUGAAAGACACUCGGGCAAUCCUGUCCUGAGAAAUGACAUGAAUUGCAAAUUGACUCAAAAUACUUCUUGAAAAAAGCUUUACAAAACGCACACGAAUGCCAAAUACUGCAUGUUGCAAUUCAAGUUCUUUAAGUUCAAGCAGGUAAACGGAGCAGAGGGAUGGUAAGCGGUGGUAAAGCGAUUCGUUCCGGGACACUCCUGAUGACUGGACGGAUCUGGCGUCGAAGUCGUUCCUGUGG